UGAAUACCACAUUUUAAAACAAUUCUGAACGUAAAGGAAAAUAUUGGAUUCAAAUGCAAAGAACAACUAGAAUCAUUCUUGAAGCCAUGCGUCCAUCUCGGUGAUUCAGGUUUUUGUAAAUUUCAUUUUGAGAAAUGACGUCAUCUUCACAUGUCCGUCCCAUGUCACCGACUGCAUCAAGGUCACAAGAUGGGUGCCAAGUUCAAAGGUCAUGUAUCGCUGAAACCACGGGAUAUUUGUCUCGCUGUUCAAGAACGUUCUCUCCUACAAAAACGACAACCUCAGCUAAUCCGGUUUAUGAUAAGCCAAACCCUAAUCCAAAAAAAUCCGGAAUUUCUCACUCGAUCACAAAUUUUUCACAGACAACUUCGACUAUCAACCCAUGGAUCCGAAAACUUCUCUACGCGUUUUUUCUGUCCGUGUUUUUUCAAAUCUCGCACGGCAACGGCGCCGACUCAACCGGCCUUACCUUUCCCUCCCUGAUCAGGAUAGGCGUCAUCCUCCCCAACAAUACUGCGAGCUCCUCCAGCCUCAUCAAAGUCCAAAGCUCGCUGGAAUCAGCGAAAGAGAAACUGGAACGCGGUGUCUACAAAGUCAACCACGUCAAGAAAAUCAAGUUCGAUCUUCGAGACUCGAAAUGUUCAGCGUUAUACGGACCUUUAGCAGCCAUCUCCAUGUUUAAGGAUAAAACAGUCGAUGUCUUCUUUGGCCCGGCAUGCGAUUAUUCCUUGUCGCCGGUCGCCAAAUACGCCUCACAACGAUGGCGAAUUCCUGUUGUAACCGUAGGCGGUUUCGCCGCUGCGUUCGACAGCAAAAUCGAGUACCCAGCAUUAACACGGAUUCAAACCACCUCGAGCGACUUGAAGACUGUUGUCCGGGCUAUACUCAACCACUUCGAGUUUAAAUAUUUCGGAAUGUUCUAUCACGAUUCUGGUUCGGCGUUGAGUGAUUGUUAUCAUACCCUGUUCCCCCUCUACAAAAACAUGUCUGAAUCGGUGACGAUUCAAAAGUUUUUCAACGAAGAAAACAAGGAUAGUUUACAAAAUUUGCUGCGUGAUUUGAAGGACUUCAUCGAACCUAACGCGAGGAUUAUCGUCCUGUGCGCCAGUCCUGAUUCUGUGCGUGAGAUCAUGAUCAAGGCCCACGAGCUCAACUUUGAUAAUGGGGAGUACGUCUUCUUCAACAUCGACCUCUUCAGCAGCUACAACGCUACCGCCCGACCAUGGUACCGGGCCAACGACACCCAACAACGAAACGACGACGCUAGGAAAGCCUACGAGAGCCUCAUGACUGUGACCUUGCGCAAGCCCACCAGCGAAGCCUACAAGAACUUCUCUGAAGAGGUCAAGGCCAGGGCCGCCAAAAUGUACCCGAACUUCACGUACGGGGACCAGGAGGUGAACAGCUUCGUCGGUGCCUUCCAUGACGCUGUCAUCUUGUAUGCCUUAGCCUUGAACGAGACCAUCGCCGAGGGCAAGAAUGUCAGCGACGGCCUGACGAUCACCAAGAAAAUGUGGAACCGGACGUUUGAAGGUAUUACUGGUACGGUCAGUAUCGAUGCUAACGGGGAUCGCAAUGCCGAUUAUUCCCUGCUCGAUCUGGACCCGGAAACGAAUACCUUUGAGGUUGUGGCUGAGUACUUCGGCAACUCCAAGAACUACACGCCCACGCCUGGCAAGAAGAUUCACUGGCCCGGGGGUCGAGAUGGCCCCCCACCUGACACACCCAUCUGUGGCUUUGAUGGCAGUUUAUGCCCACCUCAAAAACCGUUUCCUGAGUAUGGCAUCGUGAUUAUCGUGCUGGGCUCCAUUUUACUGGUUGUACUCAUUGUCACCUUCUUCGUGUACAGACACUUUAAGCUGGAGGCGGAGCUUGCUGAGAUGAACUGGCGAGUAAGAUGGGACGACAUAAUGUUUGGGGGGCCCACAAGGAACAACAAGAAGACGGACAGCAAGAACAAUCAGAACGGGCAUGGCGCUAUUUUAGCCAUCAAACCUAUUCCACGAGCUCACAUCAGCAUACAGAAACCAUUACUGUUGGAAAUCAAAAAGGUCUGUUCACCUAAUUCACCCCAAUAA